AUGAAACAAGCGUACGAGCUGUCGACGUUGACCGGGACGCAGGUGAUGUUACUGGUGGCGAGCGAGACCGGGCACGUGUACACGUUCGCGACGCGCAAGCUACAACCGAUGAUCACGAGUGACGCCGGGAAGGCGCUGAUCCAGACGUGUCUCAACAGUCCGGACCCGCCGCCGUCGGGCUCGUCGGGCGACCAGAGGAUGUCGGCGACCGGCUUCGAGGAGACCGAGCUGACGUACAACAUCGCCGACGACGAGCAGAAAGUAAGGCAACUGGUGUACGGCUCGCCGCACGGUGGCUCGCUGCACGCCGGCUAUCCUGGUGCCGGGCCCGGUAGCGGGCCAGCGGGCGGCCCGACCGCGGGGGCCCAUCCGCAGCCGCCGCCACCGCCGCCGCCGGGCUCGCAGCACGCGCCACCCUCGCACGCGCAGCACGCGCACCUCAUAGCGCAUGCACACGCGGCGGCGGCGGCCGCCGCCGCAUCGCCGACCUCGCACCUCGUCCCGUGCUCGAGCCCGGGCCCGAUGCUCGCCGGAGGCCCAUACCAGCAAUCAUGCCCCUCGCCCCUGCCGCCCCAUCACGCCGCCUAUCAUCCCCAUAUGUCGCACUCGCACCCCCAACGGUAGUACGCGCUCGCCGCUCGUCGGCCCUUCGCGCUCCGUCCCCCGUUUCCGCCGCAUUUCACGUUUUAACUUUUAAGACGUUGAAAAAUCGGUGCAAUCGAAGAGAUCGCGUCGCGAGUAUUAACGCGAUACCGACGUUGCUGUGAGACGCGUCGUUGUAUCGCGAGUCAGUGAGUCCGAAUGUAUUCCGAAGAGAGAGAGAGAGAGAGAGAGAGAGGAGACUUAUCUCUCGCGUCUCGUUAUGCUCACCGUGGGUGGGUUCGGUUUGAUAGAACGACGCGAGUAAUAAUGUUUGUCAUAAAUUUGUGUAUGUUAUGUUACGUACAAAGAGCAACGGUUAUCGCGACAAUUAUCGCGCAAUUAUUUAUGAAACGUCAUGCGGCGCGCGUUCAGAAAUCUUUUUUUUUUUUUUAUAAAAGAUUGAUGAUUAAAAAGGUUCAAUUUAACGAAUGUUAUCAGCCAAAUGGCUCCAAAAAUGAAGUAAAUCACCGUUCAAAUUGCGUAUUACAUAUUUGACAUUUUUUAAAUAUGUCUCAAUAUCGCAAACUUUUGAUGCGUGUGUUUCGUUUAUUUUUCACAAUUAACUCUGCUCUCCCGUGAAAUAUACGGCGUACAACUAUUUUAGCAUACACCGACGCGAAGCCGCGCGCGGUUUUUAGAUACCGAAAUAAUUUUCUCUUCGGAUAUCGCAUGUACCACUGACGUAAUUUCCCGCUAGACGUUGAAUCGCGCCGGCGAGCGUGCCGUAGAGUCACGUAUGGUAUUUAUUGAAUUAUAUACGCGGCGGACGCGCGAAAGGAGGAUUGUAGGCUUCCCUUGCGAUCGAGUAUUCUUCGUUUGGUCGUACAUGACUACGACUGAUGACGCGCGCGCAAAUCUAGUCCAAUCUCUCGACACGUUUUUACUUAAAUAUAUAUUAUAUAUAUCCAUACGUUAUAUGCAUACCCAUAUAUGUAUGUAUAUCGGUGAAUCUCGAUCAAAUAUUGCGUGCUUCGAAUUUUGCGCUCCCGCGCGCGAAAGGGGUGGAAGGGCGGAAGCGCGUUGUAUCGUCGAAAUAUGAAAAGUAGAGAGUGGUUUCCGCUUGAGACGAUUUUGCCUAACGAACGAACGCAAGUCCCCUGUCAGCGUUCCCAGGAGCGAAUCACGGAUGGCUCGUCUACGAUCGAUAAUCUCCGAGAUCACCGCUCGUCCACGAUCGAUGAUCUCCAAGAUCACGAGCGGAUUGUAAGAUUCGAUGGGACGAGUAUCGGUCAAU